GAACACCAAAAAACGAAUAAAGCCCUAAUGCCGUACAAACAGCAUAAUUAUCAGUUAACUCUGAGGGCCAAAGUCAAGGCAAUAUUCCGGAUGAUAGAUGCUUUUUUUGGGCAUUUCAUCGAACGCCUGGUAUGUGCGAUACAUUCCACGCUCAAUUAAAGAUGAAACGGCAUCGUAUGGAUUAAUAUGGAUAAAAUAACAUCUUUUAAACGCAGCGUUGGAGUAUAUUAAGGUCUUUUGAAGUUUAACCCCAAAACCCCACUGGCAUUUCCCAACCAUCAUCUUCAUUCACCGUAACUGGUCGGUAAGACUUGACACAAAUUUCACAAAUGCCAAGCUUUGCAGCGGUACGACCACGUUUUAUACAACUCGUAAACCGUCCGUCGUUUAAAAUCAGAGCAUUCUCAAGCUCAUCCGAUUACGCUAACCAAUCACGCGGUGCUCUUCCUCGCUUCUUCUCCCAAGUUCUUCCUUCUUCAAAGGGAGGCGUUGUUCGCGUAGACGGAGAUGAAUUUUGGCAUAUGACCAAAGUUUUAAGGUUGAGCACCAAUGACAGGGUAGAGCUUUUCAAUGGAAAAGGAGGAUUGAUACAAGGUUGUAUACAAAUGAUUGACCGCACGGGAUUGGAUUUUGUGGCACUGGAGGAUCCAAUAUUAGUUCUACCUCUAACUACACAAUGGCAUGUGUUUGCCGCUUUUGGUACUCUUAAGGGCGGUCGAGCUGAUUGGCUUGUGGAGAAAUGCACUGAGCUGGGAGCUCAUAGUGUAACCCCCUUGCUGACAGAUCGUUCACCUACAAUCUCAGAAAAUCGAGUGGACAGAUUGCAGCGUGUUAUUUUUGCAGCAUCUAAACAGUGUCAACGGCUGCAUGAAAUGGCUUUGAAUCCUCCUAUGAAAAUUGAUCAUCUCUUACCUCUUGUUGCCCAGUCAAAGCUAUCUUUUGUUGCAAUAGCAGAAGCUACUCCACUUGUCAGUACAUUGACUUCAUCAAGAAAUGAAUCUAGUGGGCUGAUAGUUGUUGGACCUGAAGGGGACUUCACAGAGAAGGAGGUGAAUAGGAUGAUGGAAGCAGGUGCUACAGCUGUUGGUCUUGGGCCACAUCGCUUGCGUGUUGAAACUGCUACAAUAGCUCUUUUAGCUACUCUAAUGUUAUGGUCAGACUCUCAGCCAACACCAAACUCUUAAGCAAUCCUGCAGGUGAGUCCUGAUUAGAGAAAGAUUUGGAAAUUUGGAUAAAAAUUAUCAAGAUGAAAAUGUUUUCCAAAUCUGAAGGUGAUAUAUCAUCAGAAUUCGGAAAAUCAAGCUUGCAUCCAGCCCAUUCUGAAAGGGAUAGAAACAACUGAGAAGCCUACUUAAGGAAGCCCUGAUUUCGGUUGUGUGGAAUAUCUUUUUGGAAUGAGAAAGUGUGGGGUAAGGACGUAAGGUAAGGCAUUGGAUGACUAGUUUGAUUGAGGCCAGUCACUGAAGUGGGAUUUGAGGUAUUUAUUGAAGAAUUUAUGUGAUGAUUAUUUGAACUACAUCGAUUUAUACAAUUCUUUUGGGAAUGUAACUUUUGUUGUAUGUUACGCAUGACCUAACCUUUUAUGUCAUAUGAAUUAUUAUUGGGCAAAUUACUUACAUACAUACAUGCACACAUAUAUUAUAUUCU